UUCGUUGAAACACAAAUAAUUAGCAGUCGGAGGCUUUGAAAUCAGCUCGUCAAAAAUUCCAGUCAGUGGAAUCUGAGGCAUCGAAGAGCUCAGAGUUGUUAAAAGGGAAGCUGGAGGGAUAUUACUGAAAAGUCGCUGAGUCUGCUAAUGACAGAUACCCCAGCGUUGCGUGUGGUGCCCUCCCUCUUAUGGGGUCGGCUACUACGAUGCCGCUGGGGUCACUCAAACCCCCAGAACUGAUCAUCUACUUUGGUCAAUCCUCUUUGGUCCAGGCGAUUGGAUACAGUCUAUGGGUUUCUUGACAACGUAAUUAUAUCGACGUCUUCUUGAUUCAUUACAAUCAGCGACAAUAAGAACAAAUAUAAGCGAAAGUGGAGUAGAGAAAGAUUUGGGACCAACAAAGAAGGAAUCCAGGCGAUAGAGUAGUGUGAUUAUAUGCAUUACAGAGGGCGGUCGUUUUCAAAUAUGGAAAAAACUAUUACAUUGAUAAGUUGCCAGCAGAGUUGCAAAGAUUAUGUCCGGUAGAAUUUUCACUGCAUUCUAUUUACACGCGUGCUUCGAUUUUUCCUGUUCUUGUUCAACAAAAUAAAAUACGAACAAUUGUUUCUGAUAACUUCAAAGCCUAUCAAACGGACAAAUACUGCUCUAUAUGAUACGAUUAAUUUGAAACUGUAAAAAAUGGUUCGACACAACAAUCAACUGCCAGAUAAUCUCCCCCAACUCCAGAAUCUGAUAAAACGUGAUCCUGAAUCUUACAAGGAAGAGUUUACCCAACAAUACAACCACUAUAAAUCGACCCUGGAAGUGUUUCGUCUGACCCCCGACCAGUUUAACAAAAGUCUGGAUGAGCUUCUCAUGUUCAUAGCUCAGGUUGCCCACUGCUACGCGGAGGAACUGGUAACAUAUCCUCAAGAGAUUGUAGAUAUCCUGAAGACGCAUAAUACUGUUCUUGACAAUGAUAUGCGAAUGACCUUCUGCAAGACUCUUAUUCUCCUCCGGAACAAAGGGCUUCUGGAGCCCACAGUCCUCCUGAGUUUGUUCUUUGAGCUCCUCAAGUGCCAGGACAAGGCCCUGCGGCAAUUUCUGCAGACGCACAUAAUCGGAGACAUCAAGAGUAUAAACUCGAAACAGAAAAACACGAGAGUGAACACGACCCUCCAGAACUUCAUGUUCACGAUGCUGAAGGACAGCAACGCUCGGGCUGCCAAGAUGUCGGCAGAUAUAAUGAUAGAACUCUAUAAUAAGAAUGUAUGGAAUGAUUCGAAGACGGUGAAUGUCCUGGCGACGGGUUGCUUCAGUAAGACAACCAAGGUCAUGGUGGCGUGUCUCAAAUUCUUCCUGGGAACAGACCCAGAGGACGGCAAGACCUCUGACGAUAGCGACUCGGAUGACGACACCCCUAACGUGAAAGAAGUCCUUAUGGCCAACAAAGUCAACAAGAAGACGAAAAAACGAGAGAAACAACUGAAGAAGGUAAAGCAGCUCUUCGUCAAAUCGAAGAAAAAUAAGUCCAAAGCUCCACAAUUCAACUUCUCAGCUCUCCACCUGGUGCACGAUCCGCAGGGCCUCGCCGAAAGGCUCUUCAAGCAGUUGGACAAGAAUAACGAGCGGUUUGAAAUCAAAUUGAUGACCCUGGACGUCAUCUCCCGGUUGAUUGGUCUUCACAAUCUCUUCCUUCUUAAUUUCUAUCCAUACCUCCAGAGAUUCCUCCAGCCCCACCAAAGGGAAGUGACGAAACUACUCCAGUUUGUCGCUCAGGCGUCCCACGAGCUUGUACCUCCCGAUGUCCUGGAGCCUCUCCUCAAGACUCUGGUUAAUAAUUUUGUCACUGAGAGGAAUUCCGCUGAUGUUAUGGCCAUCGGGCUCAAUGCUGUUAGGGAAAUUUGCAUGAGGUGUCCUCUCGUUAUGAAUGAGGAUCUUCUGAGGGAUCUGGCACAGUACAAGAACUAUAGAGAUAGGAGCGUCAUGAUGGCUGCCAGGUCAUUGAUUUCCCUCUUUAGGCAGACCAUGCCUGAAUUGCUGCAUAAGAAGGAUAGGGGAAGACCUACCGAGGCUAGCGUGGCUAUUGAAACCCCCAAAUAUGGGGAAGUUAAUGCCAAGGAUUAUGUCAUGGGAGCUGAAGUACUUUUGGAGAAGGGAACGAAUGAUGAUGAUGAUGAUGAGGAUGAGGAUGAGGAUGAGGGCGAGGACGAUGGAGAGUGGAUUGAUGUCAGUCACUCUGAGGGGGAAGGAGAGGAAGAAGAAAGUGAAGAAAAAGUAGAAAAGGACAAAGGAGAAGAAGAUGGGGAGGAAGAAGAAGACGAAGAUGAAGAAGAUGAAGAUGAUGAAGAUGAUGAAGAUGAUGAAGAAAAAGAAGAAGAAGAAGGUGAGGAUAGUGAUGCUGCCGAGAAGAAUGCGGAAGAGGAUAAAAAUGGGGAAAAAAUAAAGAGUAAGGCAACCCGAAAGAUUCUGAAACCGAAGAAACGCACUAAAUUGGACAGGAAAAGGGACAAAAUGGAAAGACUCGCCAGGAUGAAGAAGACGAAGAAGGUAGAGUUUACAGCUGAACGGAAGGCAAAGGCUGCGCAGAUCUCUGUGGAUCGACUCCUGACUGAUGAAGACUUCAAGAAGAUUGAUACUGCUUUGGUGAAGCAGCAGGUGACGCAUGCCAGAAGGGGUGUCAAAAGGCCACUCCAGGAGGAGAGUCGAGGGGAGCUUGUCAGACUCGGGGAUAUUGAGAAUAUUUUCAAAAAGAGAAAACAUGAUAAGCAAGCCCGUAUGGAAUCGGUGAAGAAGGGCAGAGAUGACCGCGAGAAGUUCGGUUAUAAGGAUGGCAGGCAGAAUCCUCUUUGUAGUAAAACUAAUCGCGAGAAAAAGAAAACCAAGGCCUUUCAGAUGAUCAAGCAUAAAAUUAGAGGAAAAACGAAGCGGUCGUUUAAGGAUAAACAGAUCGCAUUGAGAAAUCAUUUGAUCAAGCAGAAACGAAUGAAAUAAAGUAUUUGUAACGAUUUUAAUAAAAUUUUUUCCUUGAAUAA